AUGACGCGAUCAACCUCGUGGCUCUCGGCCUCUGCGCUGCUGGUUUCUCUUCUCUCCUCGCCCGCCACCGCGCAGCUUCACACCGACUGCAACCCGACGUUGAAGGACUGCCCUGCAGACCCUGCGUUCGGCACUGCACACACAUUCAACUUCAACGCGACACCGGCAACCGGCCUCUUCAAGACGUCGGCAGGCACCGUCGACUACUCGGCCGCGAACGGAGCCAAAUUCACCAUUCCAAAGCAGGGAUACUCGCCCACGCUUGCGACCCAAUUUUACAUCUUCUGGGGCCGCGCCGAAGUCAUCCUCAAGGCCGCCAACGGCACCGGCAUCAUCAGCUCGAUCGUGCUGGGAAGCGACGACCUUGACGAGAUCGACUGGGAGUUCAAGGGUGGCGACACGGCCAACGCCUACACAAAUUACUACGGCAAGGGUGUUACCGAAAACAACGGCGAUAACGGCUUGACCGUCCCCGUCACUGGAAACGUCCAGACCGAGUGGCACAACUACACCAAUGUCUGGACCAAGGACAAGCUAGAGUGGUGGUUGGACGGCAAACUCGUCCGUACGCUGACCCCCGCCGAGUCUGCCAGCCACAACCAGACCUUUCCUCAGACUCCCAUGAAGCUGAGUAUGGGCAUCUGGGCCGGUGGCGACAGCAGCCAGAGCAAGGGCACCAUUGACUGGGCUGGCGGCGCCACGAACUACGACACCGCUCCCUUCACCAUGUACGUGCAGAGCGCCCGAGUCGAGGACUACUCAAAGGGCAAGGAGUACGUCUACGGCGACCGGUCUGGAAAGUGGGAAAGCAUCAAGAUCGUAGAACCGACAGCCAACUCGACCGCCAUCGACAACCUCAACAAGCCGGCCGAGGAGGAGGACAAGUCCAUCAGCGAGAAGUGGGACGAGCUGUCGUCUGGGGCCAAGGGCGGCGUGUACGCGGGCGGCGUCGGCGUCGUGGCCAUCGCCUUCCUGGCGCUGCUGUUCUACUACCUGCGGCAGCGCAAGCGCGGCAAGGCCGAGGCGGCGCUGGCGGCCAAGAACCAGGAGUACGAGCGCCUCGAGCUGGACCGCUUCAAGAAGGAGGGCCGCGACCCGGACGCCCUGGCCUACGAGGGCGCCGAGUACGACGCCGCCACCAUGCGCAAGGACGGCAUGGUCUCGACCGCCGCCUACACCGUGCCCUCGGCCGACCACGACGACCACUACGCCCGCAGCAACUCGCUGCAGGGCGCCCCGCAGGCCGGCGCCUGGGAUCCCACGUCGCCGGCCCCCGGCGCCCCGGCCCCCCUGCGCAACAACAGCUUCGGACCUGCCUCGCCAGUCUCACCUGCCCGCAACUUUUCGUCACCCGUCCACAGCGUGCACAACGGCGGCUAUUCCGGCGUCGAUACCAGGAUGGCCAGCCCGGGGCCGAGCCCGUACAACUCGCCGCAGAGCCCUGCUGGUGGCGGGUACGGCAAUGGCGGCACUGGAUACGGCGGUGCCAACAAUGGCUACUGGAACGGCAAUGGCAACGGCAACGGGUACAGGUGA